AUGGAUCCAGGGGACACUAUGCACUUGUUACACAAUGACCACGUAGAGAAGCAAGAAUUCACCGAAGGGUUGAGUUUGAAAGUGUUGAAUAUAGGAAGCAACAAGAUUGCAGGCCAGAUCCCAAGUUCAAUCUCAAAUCUUGUUGAACUCGAAAGGCUGGAUAUUUCAAGGAAUCUGAUACCUGGUACUAUACCAAUAAGUUUGGGACAAUUUGUGAAGCUUCAUUGGCUUGAUAUUUUCAUCAACAGUCUCACUGGAAAAAUACCAACUAGCUUGUUGGGCAUUAAGAUUAUGAGACAUGCAAGCUUCAGGGCAAAUAGACUAUGCGGAGAGAUCCCACAAGACCGACCUUACAACAUCUUCCCUGCUUCAGCUUAUGCUCGCAAUCUCUGCUUAUGUGGGAAACCAAUGCCACCUUGUAAGGGAAAGAAACAAGAGACAAGUCGGUGA